AUGGCGGAAGCAAAUCCUAGUCAUCCAUACCACCCGAAAGACCUGGUCAUACCCCAUUAUAGGCCAAAUGAUAUCACUGCUUUGGAUAUCUUAACAGUCAUGUUCUCCGGUUUUGGUGUUGUUUUUGUUGGUGCUCUCUUAAUUAGUAGCGGAGCUCGGCGGCGAUUAUCAUUUUUAGACAAGUUAUCCUUUUCUUGGUUUGUAUUGUGUGGUUUCAUUCAUAUGAUCAUUGAAGGCUACUUCUCUCUUUAUCACCAGACUUUAGCAAAUCACGACUUUUUCUUAGGCCAGCUCUGGAAAGAAUAUUCUUUAUCCGAUAGCCGUUACCUAAUAUCUGAUAACUUUACCUUGUGUAUGGAAACCAUCACUGCGUUUGUUGAAGGUCCAGCGUGCUUCCUGUUAGCUUAUGCUGUCAUGACCAAUAAGUCUUACAGAAAUGUUCUGCAGUUAUGUAUCUCACUUGGACAGUUAUACGGUGACGUUCUCUAUUUUGCUACUGGAUAUCGUGAUGAACAUAAAUACACCAGUGAUUCCCAUCCCAUUUAUUUCUAUUUUUAUUACUUAUUUUUAAAUAUGUUAUGGAUCGUUAUACCAACGAUUCACAUCAUAGUUUCCUUUUAUAGAUUAAGUAAUGCGCAAGCAUGCGUUGAUUCUAAGAAGGUCGCUAAGAAAACAAAUUAA